AUGCAAAAUCUACGGUUUACCGAAUACGGUCUGGACUCAAACCAUUUCCGCGUCCGCCUUCGAAGUGCCGGUUACGCCUAUCCACCCAGGCUACGCACACCUGUAACUCCAUCCCCCAUCUCCUUCUCCCCAAAACUUCCGACUGUUCAAGGUUCAGACCCACGCACCGCACACACCACCAAGCCCAUGUCGGAGGCGUCCUCUUCCUCGGCGGCGGCCCCGGCCUCGGCCCCGCCCCCUGCGCCGGCGCUGGAUCCGGAGGCGAUCUCCCUCAUGGCGGAGGAGGCGCCGCCGGAGGAGAUUACGCUGGUCGUGAAGUGGGGCGGGAAGGAGUACACGGUGCGGGCGAUGGGGGACGACACGCUGUUGGAGCUGAAGCGGCGCAUCUGCGAGUUCACCGACGUGCUGCCCAAACGCCAGAAGCUUCUCUACCCCAAGCUCAUACUCAACGACGAGUCCGUCCUCCUCUCCUCCCUCCCCUUCAAGCCCAACGGCAAGCUGACCAUGAUCGGAACAGUUGCUUUGUAUGAUAUAUGUUCUGGAACUGUGGAAUUGGCGUAUUUGAUGGUGGAUUUGGGCAUUCGGUAUUUCGGUGUGGCCAUAGUGGAGUAUGUUAAGGGCACCACCACCAGUGAAAUAUCUGAAUUAAAAGUUCGUAAAGAUACUAGUGGAAUACUUACAGAAGUGAGUACUGUUGAAGACGAAAUAUUUGUGGACCGACCAGAUGAUCCAGAGGUGCUCGAUGAUUAUGAAUUUUUCAAAGAUGAAGUUACUGCUAUAAAGGAUAAUGUUCUCUACAAGCAAAAAGUGAAACGUCGUGCAAGCCAGUAUAAGAUCAAGCUCUUGAAUCCAUGCCGCGAUGGAAAAAGAUUGCUUGUGUUAGACAUUGACUAUACUCUGUUUGACCAUAGGUCUCCAGCUGAGAAUCCUUUGGAACUCAUGCGUCCAUUUCUCCAUGAAUUUCUCGCUGCUGCAUACGCAGAGUAUGAUAUCAUGAUAUGGUCAGCAACAAAUAUGAAAUGGGUGCAACUGAAGAUGGAGCAACUUGGAGUUCUCAGCAACCCCAACUACAAGAUCACUGCCCUUCUGGAUCACAUGGCGAUGAUAACUGUGCAUGCUCCUGACAAGAAGGUUUUCGACUGCAAACCUCUUGGUGUCAUCUGGACUAAGUUCCCCGAGCACUACAACGAGAAGAACACGAUCAUGUUUGACGACCUCAGGAGGAACUUCGUCAUGAACCCACAGAACGGCCUCGUGAUCAGACCGUUCAAGAACGCCAGUAAGAACCGAGGCCGCGAUCAGGAGCUGCGAAAGCUCACGCAGUACCUGCUCUCCAUUGCGGAGCUAGAAGAUUUCAGCAAGCUGGAGCACGACGGCUGGGAGUCCUUUAUGGACGAAACCGGCAAGAGACGCAGGCGCAGGUAG